AUGUGCUCCUCCGCCACAGCUUUCCUCACGGCCCUCUUCGUCGCCACGCCGACCCUGGCCAUUGUCUUCUCUCCUAACUACCUCCCUUUCGAGCUGGAGAAGCGCGACUGCUUCUUCUCUGACUGCCAUUGCGUGCGGGUGCAGUGUCAACUUGACUUCUGCUUCGACGACCACGUGGACCCCUGGGUCUUGGUCGACAGAGCCCUGAACAAGCAUUACGGGGUAGACUGCGGCCAGUGGGAUAAUUGGCGGCGAUACGAGCCGGCCGAACACUGCAACGACGGCCUGCGUAAGGGCUACGGCACCUUUUACAUUAACCGCAUGCCGAAGUCAUUCCGCAAGUACUUCGCUGUCUCCUUUGAAAACGGGGAUGAGAACGACCCGAGCCGGGGUUCCGUCUCUGGAUAUUGCCGUCCCGUUCAGAAAGUCAAAUGCGAGUGCCACUCGAAGUACAACCCCGAGAAGAGGGAUUGCUCUGCUGCUUGCGACUGA